UUCCAGAAAUUAAUACUUUUCAUUUUGGAGGCCAUUAAGGGACUGGACCUCACAUAGCCCAAAGGUUUUUUUCUGGGAAACAUGUGUUUAUGGUGUGUAUACUUUUUGUGAGGUCUAGAUAUUCUCAGGACCUUUAGGAAUGUUCACAUACCUUUUGUGGAAUGUCAGUGAUUGUGGGUAGUGUAUAUUGUAUGACCUGAGAAUCCAGUCUGCUCUUUUCUUCCUCACCUGAAACUUCAGUGUUCAUUCCUAUGUAUUGAAGUGGUUUUAUCCUACAGGGUUUCCAUGCCCCACAUGAUAAGAUUACCUAUAGGGUGAAAGGAUGAGAUAAAGGUCCUUUCCUGAUGACAUAGCUCACUGUAUGGGCAAAGUGUUCAAUGUCCCACUGGGAGUGCCUUUCUCUCUUUCUUGAAGCCAAAGGCUAGAACAUUGUGACCAUCAUAUCUCCUUUAGCUCCUCAACUCAGUGAUGCAGAAAGAGCUGACUCUCUCCUGGCUCAGGGGACCUGCCUUUCAUUGGAGCUUUGGUCCCAGUGAAGCAAGCUGGGAAGCCACUUGUCCAGUUCCGAUGGGCCCUUUCUUCUAUCCCCUUGUAGGGUGCAUGGCUAACUUGAUUUCUGUGGAAGAACAACUGGUCCAGGCUCUGAAAUAAUAUAUUGUUUUGGAUGAAGCCAAACUGUCUGAUGAAAAGAUGAAACGAUCCAGAGUCUUUAGUAUCACUUCACCUUCUGUCCAGUCAUCCAAAGCGAGAGUCAGCCAAAGUGUAUUUCUGACAGAAGAGGAAGACCCUGUGAUUGGCCAAGUGAAUCACAGGAUUCAGCUCAUCACUGGGCUGUCAGAUGAAACAGCUGAAUUUUUCCAGGUUGCUGAUUAUGGCAUUGGAGGAUACUAUGACCCUCAUAUGGAUUAUUUUUUGGAGGUCAGAAGCUGCUCCAGAUGGGGAGGAUGCCAGCUGAGAUGCCUGAUGACCAACGUGCUAGAGCUUCAGUGGGCAUCACUCUCUGGGUGUCAGCCUGGAUUGUGGCCAAAGUGCUGAGUGGCGAGCAGUGAAUAAGCAGCAGCUGUGACAUCCACGCUUGAAAGUUCCAGGAUUUUGAGGGGUCAGGACAGAUAACAGCAGAAGGAGAAGGAGCACCCUACCAGCAUCACCCCCGGAUGUGGACCCUCACUGCCAGCACUCUGUCACCAGUGCCCCAGUACCAGGUGCUUCCCACCUGGGCACAGGAAUCUAAACACUUGGAUCAGUGGCACAUGCUGAAGGAACUCCUGCAAACCCUGACCAUCCCCAAGACCACAUCCCAGAAUAAGGCUGUGGCCUGGAUUUGAUCCAUUGGCUGUAUUUUGCCAACCCCUGCUCUAAAAUUUGCCAUAUUUACUGCUUUAGCAACAUCUCACGGAUUUUGGUGGAGGAAGAACUAAGUUUGAGUACCUCAAACCAGAGGACAGAUCAACAUGGACUCCUGUCCUCAGAGGAAUAUGGACGAUCUUCCCCCAACGGGAUCAUUUGUGCUUGCCUUGGAAAGAUGAGUCUGAUCUGGAUGCAUAGAUGUCUAGGGUGAAACAGGACAGACACGGUUUGCCCAGCCAAGGAACCACGGAAUCAGGUCUCCUGGGAGGAGCAAAAACCAGAAAUUGUAAACUCUUAGGUUUCCAGCAGCCUUAUCAGGUGAAUAAGGAAGAUCACCUCCUGACAGGUGCAGGAAUCUCAAGCUUAUCACAGCAGUUUAUCUUUGGAUGAAGAUCAGAUGCCCCAUGACCUGCAACCAGGAAAUUAUUCAUCCUGGAAAAGGCAUCAGUUAAAGGACUGUCUCUAACCUAGAUGAAAAGACCCUUAUUAGGUACUCUUAAGUAGCUCUUGCACAGCAAAACUGAAAGGAAUUGACUCUUGAAUUCAGAUUUCCCACUUAAGAAGGGUAUCUUCACUGGACUGGCCUACAGAAAGGACUACUGACCGCAAAUGACACCCACAUCAAGAUGAGAAGGAGAAGAAGAUGACAGCUGUGGUAGACUGUUGACCCAAGAAUCUAGACUAGGGCAAGAUGAGCUAACAGACUGCAAGCCAUGGACCACCUGGCCAGAGCAUCAUAAACCAGGGACAUCCUGACUUUCAAAACUACAAUGAAGAAAUGUCACAAGACAAUUAAUUCCAGCCUGUUUGUUCUUUAAAAAAAUCCUAACUCAAAGACCGAGUUGAAGUGUAUCUGAGGUUUAUCUUCCACUCCCUUGCUUGGAGCACUGUGAUAAACACUGUACUUUCCUUCACCAAAACCUGGUGUCAGUAGAUUCGCUUUGCUGUGCCUCAGGCGCGAUGAGUUCCGUUUGGUAACACAACCGCUCAGCUAGCAGUGUGGCAAUCUGUGACCGUGGGUGCCUAUGUGGCCAUUCAUUUUAGCUACUAGGGGCCUCUUGAGACCUCAUGUGCCACAUAAGAUUGUGGGUGAAGACCAGGAUUGCCUGUGUUCUGGUGGAACACCUGUGAUUCCAUGUGGGUUCCUGUGACUUCAUGUGACCCUGUGUGGCAGCCUGUUACCACAUGGAGCCUCCUGUGACCUUGGGUGGCCUCAGAUCCAAUCUUCCCAGAAAGAGAGAUCUGAGGUCCCCAGAGAAUAUGGGCACUAUCCGGCGUAGCUGCCCCUUUUCCAGUUCCUAAAUAGACCCUCACCGCCCUCUCUCCUCUUUGGCUUGCAGACCUGACAUCCAGAGGCUCCUGGUGUCUGAAAACUGGGGUCCUAGGGAGCGUUAGCGUCAGCGGGAACCGGCCCACCGGCAAGUGUGCCUCCUAGAACAGGAUGCAGACCCUGAGGAUGUUGGACCCUGAGGUCCCACAGCAGGUCAAGGACGUGACCGGGACUGACCUGGGGCUUCCUGAUCCUGAGUUCAUCCUCUCGCUUCUGGAGAAGAUGCAGACUCAGGAGAUCCUGAGGAUGCUGCGGCUGCCCGAGCUAGGCGACUUGGGCCAGUUUUUCCGCAGCCUCUCAGCCACCACCCUCGUGAGUAUGGGUGCACUGGCUGCCAUCCUCGCCUACUGGUUCACUCACCGGCCAAAGGCCUUGCAACCACCGUGCAAUCUCCUGAUGCAGUCAGAGGAGGUGGAGGACAGUGGUGGGGCCCGGCGAUCCGUGAUAGGGGAUGGCCCUCAACUGCUCACCCACUACUAUGACGAUGCCAGGACCAUGUACGAGGUGUUCCGCCGUGGACUUAGCAUCUCAGGGAAUGGACCCUGUCUUGGCUUCAGGAAUCCCAAGAAGCCUUAUCAGUGGCUGUCCUACCAGGAGGUGGCCGACAGGGCUGAAUUUCUAGGGUCUGGACUUCUCCAGCACAAUUGUAAACCGUGUACAGAUCAGUUUAUCGGCAUUUUUGCACAAAAUCGACCAGAGUGGAUCAUCGCGGAGCUUGCCUGCUACACAUACUCUAUGGUGGUGGUCCCGCUCUAUGACACCCUGGGCCCAGGGGCAAUCCGCUACAUCAUCGACACAGCCGACAUCAGCACUGUGAUCGUGGAUAAACCUCAGAAAGCCGUGGUUCUGCUGGAGCACGUGGAGAGGAAGGAGACACCAGGGCUCAAGCUGAUCAUCCUCAUGGAACCAUUUGAGGAAGCUUUGAAAGACAGAGGGCAAGACUGUGGGGUGGUCGUUAAGUCCAUGCAGGCUGUGGAGGACUGUGGCCAGCGGAAUCACCACGUUCCUGUGCCCCCGAAACCCAGUGACCUCUCCAUUGUGUGUUUCACAAGUGGCACGACAGGGAACCCAAAAGGUGCGAUGCUCACCCAUGGGAACGUGGUGGCUGAUUUCUCAGGCUUUCUGAAAGUGACAGAGAAAGUGAUCUUUCCGAGACAGGACGAUGUGCUCAUCUCCUUCCUGCCUCUGGCUCACAUGUUUGAGAGAGUCAUCCAGAGUCAGUGGGCUCCCACUUGUGCGGAUGUGCACAUUUCCUAUUUGCCUUUAGCACACAUGUUUGAGCGAAUGGUGCAGUCUGUCGUCUACUGCCACGGAGGGCGCGUCGGCUUCUUCCAGGGAGACAUCCGCCUCCUCUCAGAUGACAUGAAGGCUCUGUGUCCUACCAUCUUCCCUGUGGUCCCACGACUACUGAACCGCAUGUACGACAAGAUCUUCAGCCAGGCAGACACAUCAUUAAAGCGCUGGCUCCUGGAAUUUGCAGCAAAGCGUAAACAGGCUGAGGUCCAGAGUGGAAUCAUCAGGAAUGAUAGUAUCUGGGAUGAACUCUUCUUUCAUAAGAUUCAGGCCAGUCUUGGCGGGUGCGUGCGGAUGAUUGUUACUGGAGCGGCCCCCGCGUCACCAACGGUCCUGGGAUUCCUCCGGGCGGCUCUGGGGUGCCAGGUUUAUGAAGGUUAUGGCCAAACUGAGUGCACAGCUGGAUGUACCUUCACUACACCCGGGGACUGGACAUCAGGACACGUAGGAGCACCUCUGCCCUGCAAUCAUAUCAAGCUCGUGGAUGUCAAGGAACUGAACUAUUGGACCAGCAAAGGAGAAGGAGAGAUCUGUGUGAGAGGACCAAAUGUGUUCAAAGGUUACUUGAAAGAUCCGGAGAGGACAAAGGAAGCCCUGGACGACGACGGCUGGCUUCACACUGGAGACAUUGGGAAGUGGCUGCCAGCUGGAACUCUUAAAAUUAUUGAUCGGAAGAAGCACAUAUUUAAACUUGCUCAGGGAGAAUAUAUUGCGCCCGAGAUGAUUGAGAACAUCUACAUCCGGAGUGAGCCUGUUGCACAAAUGUAUGUCCAUGGGGACAGCUUAAAGGCCUUUUUGGUGGGCAUAGUCGUGCCCGACCCGGAAGUCAUGCCCUCUUGGGCCCAGAAGAGAGGAAUUGAAGGGACGUAUGCAGAGCUCUGCACAAAUAAGGAGCUGAGGAAAGCCAUUUUGGAAGAUAUGGUGAGGUUAGGAAAAGAAAGUGGACUCCAUUCUUUUGAACAGGUUAAAGCCAUUCACAUCCACUCUGAUAUGUUCUCAGUUCAAAAUGGCUUGCUGACACCAACACUAAAGGCUAAGAGACCUGAGCUGAGAGAGUACUUCAAAAAACAAAUAGAAGAGCUUUACUCAAUCUCCAUGUGAAGUUCAAGGGAAGUUCUUCUCAGUAUAAUGGACAAUGUAGCAAUAUUAUAGUUAUUUUUUGAAAGUAAUGUGUCAGAAUGAUGCAGCUGAAAAUGAAAAGCACGUGACCUUAUGACUGAGCCUCUUCCUGUCCCAAGAGGUCUUUAACAAUAUUUUCUCUCUCAUCACCGAGUAUACUUUAUUUUUAUUACAAUGAUAUUGUAGUAAGCUGCUAAAAAUAUCACAAAUGGCAUUGUAAAAAUCAAGACUUUUCUCAAGAACUGUGUACCACUAAAAGUAAUAUAUUCUCAGUGUUCACAGAACUUCUAUUAAACAUAAAGGAAAAACAUAA